AUGUUUAAGUCGGGGUUUUCGCGGGUGCUGUUGAAAACACCAGCGCACCGGUUUUUAACCUGCGGCAGACCUGUUUUGCAGGCUCCGCUGCCAACGAAAGCUUCAAACGCCCAUAAGGCGGCAGAACACAUGGAAUUCUUGCUGAAAUUCUACUCCCCCGAGCUCUUGCAGAGUGUGAGGAUUGCAGAGUCGCUUGUGUCUCCCGACGAAUACCUUGCGUUGCGCAAAAAAGGCCCCAAAGCGCUUUCUCGAGUUGGGCUUACGAACGAAUCGCAAGACUUCUCCCACAACGACCCCGAAUGGGAGGAGCCGAUCAUCUACCCGAACCAGGCCACGGACCACACACCAUACGCUCGCAUCCCGCAGAUCCGGGCGCCCGACCGGUCGGACUUGCAGCUUACAUUCAGUCUUGAGGACAUCAAAAAAAGCCGGCCUAACACCAUGGGCGCCAGCCGCGACAAGUUCUUCCAGGAAUUGCACCAGUUGACCGGAAUGGAGGAGCGGUACAUGCGCAGCUUGUACGUGCGUCCCAUUGUGAUGAAGCGUGUGUCGUGCCAGACGUCCAAGGGUAAAAUCCCCAAUUUCUACGCGUUGACUGUGGUUGGCGACAAGAACGGCAUGAUCGGCUUGGGAGAGGGCAAGUCGAGAGACGGAAUGCGUGUGUCGUUGCGUAAGGCGCACUGGAAUGCCAUUAAGAACUUGCAGCCCAUCCCACGUUACGAGAACAGGACAAUCAUCGGAGACGUGGACUACAAGUUCCACGCCGUGAAGUUGUUCCUCAAGUCAGCGCCUGCCGGGUUCGGCUUGCGCGUGAACCCUAACAUUUUCGAGGUGUGCCAGGCGGCCGGAAUCAAGGACUUGAGGGGUAAGGUGUACAAGUCGAGAAACCCAAUGAACGUGGUCAAGGGCUUUGUGGAGGCCUUGACGAAGCAGACCUCUUUGGAGGACUUGGCAGCAGGCCGGGGCAAGAAGUUGGUGGACUUGAGAAAGGUCUACUACUCCGCCUAA